AUGGACAGCCAGGGUACGGGUGGAGCACGGAGGGUCGCCGGCAGCGUCAGCCACUCAUGGCGUCGCCUCGCCACGCCGGUGUACUCGCCGAUCCACACGCCGGUCCGCUCGGCUUCACCCACGCACUCGCCGGCGACGCCGCAGUACACCCCAACGCCCCUGGAGCAGCCAGGCUUCGAGCUCCCGCGCACCAGGGCCGCGCGCCGGGGCGCCCUCCCGUUCUACGACGAGGGGGAGAGCUCCUACGUCGCCGACGAGGUCGUCUUCGAUGAGCCAGAGCUCGCCCCUCCACCCCCACCUCAGGCGCCGGCGGCUGUCGACGAGCUCGGCAUCGUCGAGCCGGCCAUGGCGCCUCCGCUCCCAAUCCCGCCUCCACCCCCUGUCCCGGCAUGUCGCAACGCGACAGCGGCGGCGAACCGCCGCCCAGGGCUGCGCAGACUUUAUGCUUUCACCAUCAUGUAA